UAGCACACUUAGGCAAUUUAACUUUAAAUAUGGCAAAAUGGGGAGAGGGAGAUCCAAGGUGGAUUGUGGAAGAAAGGUCGGACGCUCAUAAUGUUAAUAACUGGCACUGGAGGGAAAGAGACGCUACGGAAUGGUCGAGAAAAAAAGUGAAAGAUUUGCUGCUGAAUUUGAAAGUUGAACAAGAGGGGAUGGGCUCUUGUGUUGUCCAUGAAGUGCAUGAGUGUAUUGGGGAGGCUUCGGUCAGUAAUCGGAAGAAGAAACUGAUUUGUUUCUAUGAGUUUAACGUGAAGGCGAAAUGGAAAGGCUCAAUGACAGGAAGUGACAUCAUAUACAAAGGGGAACUUGAGAUUCCAAACUUAAGCGAAGAAAACGAUGUUUGCGAUGUAGACGUGGAUGUGAAGUUCGGGAAAGAUCAAAGAGAAUGUCGGGAGCUUAAAGAUCUUAUGCGGAAACGAGGAACUUAUUUAAUCCGGCAGCGCCUGCAAGAGUAUAUUGAUUGUUUGCGCCACGAUUUUGCAAAGUCGUUACAAUUACCAACAAACCAAACACAGGGUGUUGGAAAGGCAAAGAAUGUGGAGCUGGAUUUAAAUGAUUUGAAUUUAGUAAACCAGGUUCAGAGUAAGCCAGUUGAACCGAAAACUGCUGGAACUAAAAUCAGCACUAAAAAGUUGAUGAUGACCGAAAAGUUUAUGACCGACGUUCAGGAGUUGUUUAAAACACUGACGUUAAAAGAUCGGGUGCGGGCUUGGUCCAGGAGUCCUGUAGAAGAAGAUGCUUCAACUGGUGGAAGAUUUUCGCUUUUUGAUGGAAAUGUAACUGGAGAUUUCACAGAAAUCAUUCAAGACAAAAAGAUCUCUAUGAGGUGGCGGUUCAAGUCAUGGCCCAACGCACAUUUCUCCAACGCGACGCUCACUUUUACUCAAAAACCUGACGGAACGGAAGUAAAAUUAGAACAGCUUGGAGUUCCCCAGGAGCAAGUGGAAGCCACCAGGAUGGGCUGGAGGAAUUAUUACUGGACCGCUAUAAAGAUGACAUUUGGAUACGGGUCACAGAUUUUAUAAUGACUCUUGCUGGAACAAUAUUUCAAUCUGUUUCGAAUAAUUUAAAUCUCAGUGAAAUUUCCUCGCACUAGGCUUAGUGGUUGGUUAAAAAGAGACAGUUCAUGCUUUAAACCUGGCGUUAUAUUUCAGUAAAAACUAUUUUGUAUAAUUUAUUCCACAUGAAAUUCAUGUAUAAGUGUUUCUAGUUCAACAUUUCCAAUGUUUCCAUUUUUGUAUUGACUUGAAAAUUACGUGUUAGGAAAACUUGUGUGUUAGCAAAACUUUUGUGUUAGUUGAAUUAGAGUCCUGUAAUUCUAUUAAGGUGGUUUGGUCCCCACCACAAGGCAUGAAAUGUACUGCUCUGCACUUCUGGUUUUGUACCUUACCCAAAAAAACUGUUUUAAAAUUAAGCUGAUUCCCUUUUUUGUGAAUUCCUUGGUACAUUCUGAGCCAAAUGCAAACCUAGCAAAGUUAAGCCGCUACAAGUACAUCUGGUUUUAUAAUUGUCCGUUAGAUAACCAACUUCAUCUUUUUCAG